AUGUCAACGUCUGGGUCUAUUCAAACAGAGUCCCUUAGUGUUCCUAUCAGCUCGACACCAAUUCAACGUGCUGGAAGUACGCUAAGUGAGCAAUUGCGAGAAGCCAAGCGAGAGCUUCAUAUGUGGAAAGAGAGAGCAGAGGCUGCAGAGAGGAGGGUCAAGGUGUUUGAAAAGUUCACAUCGAAGCUGAAGGGAAUCAGACAAGCUGCUGUCGCUGCUGAUGAGAAAACCCACCAGGGUGAGCAGCUUGAUGAAGAUGUCUUCAGCGAUCGAGAGGGUCCGAGUGGUAAUGGGAAGGUCACUAAUCGGGAUAAUCAUGUUCGAUUCCUCGAGGUUUACCAUGUGAAGGAUAGAGGGGGAAGCGAUGAUUCGGGGAAGACAGAAGACGCCGGUGUUGUGACGGCGAGGAUACGCAGGUGCUUACACGGAGGGCAGGAAUCUCUACAUACCCACGAUGGGACCGUGGAUCAAGUACAUAGCACUUUUGACGGACCAGGCACUGAUAAAGCAGUUUCGCCAACGAGAACCUGGUUAGCAAAACAGGACAUGAGGCUGGAGGCUCUGGAUAUUUGGAUGGCGGCACAGGAAUUACUGGAGUUGGAGGACGCGUUGGAGUGA